AUGAUAGGAUAUGUAAUCAAAGGAGAAAUAAUCUCUAAGAAAUAUAGGGUGUAAUUGAAAAUAUCGUCAUUAAAAAAUGUCAAAGAAAUCGACUAAAACAAAAUAAAAACUUUUCUUAGAGAAGUUGACCUUGAUUUGGAAUAUUAUACCAAUCUUCCGCUUUUACAUUAAGCAUCACUAGAAUACCAUAGAGUAAUGGGAAAUGAAUUGACAUUUAAUAAAGAAAAUGCCCAAUAGUGGAUUUAAUCAACAGAAUUUAUUGAGCUAACUUAUGCCUUAAGAUGGAUAUACGAAAUGUCUUCUUACAAAGAUAGAGAAGAGCUCAAUAUUGUAUUUGAUCCAAAAGAUUAAAUUCUUAAAAAGAUCAUACUUCUAAAUAUAGGUUUGGAAUAGAAAAAAGAGAUUUCUUAAAUUAAUUUAAAUUAAAUUGUUUGUGAUAACACUGAAAUAUUGUAUGGUUUAUCCUUAUAUAUUUAAAAAAGGAUUGAAACUCUGGACCUUUCAACAUAUGUUCCUCUUCUCUAAAAUAUGAUGUUAGAAUGUGAUAAAUCAGCAAUUAAUUAAUUAAUCGUCAUUGAAUUAAUUGACAAAGUCCUUUAAAAAUUUUCAGGAUUUUAAGAUGAAUAAGUAAGGAAAUUGAAAUUAACCAGCAACAUUACUUCAUAAAUAAAAUGGGAAGAAGAUUAUAUUUAAUACACUUUAUUAGAAUAAGAAAACCCAAACUUUCAACUUAGAAAGACAAAAUAGGUAUAUUUAUAUACAAAAGAAUAAUAUGAAGUCAAGAUGAAUAUAUUUAAGAGUUAAUGGGAAGAUUAGUUUCCAGAAAUUUUCACUUAAAAUGAAUUAUAGAUUCAAUUAUAAAAGUCAAGUACUUUUCAGCUUUCAGAUGUAUUCUCCUCUAAUCUAAAUGCAGAAGAAGAAAUUUAAACCUCAGUAUCAAAAAAACGAUACUAAAUACUCAACCAAACUUUUAAAUUAGCUUAAUCAUAACCUAAUCUUCAAAUUUAGAGUUAAACGAGAGUAAACCUUCCCCCACCAUUACCUCUUCCUAAAGUUAAGUCCACUCAUAUUCCUAACUCCAUAUAUGUUAAAUUUAAUUAUCCUGUUCUUUAAAAUUAAUUAGAUGGAACAAUCUGGAAGGCUAAUAUGAUAGAUUAUGAGACUAGUAUAGAUUAAGAUAUUUUAAGAUAUUUUGAAAAGAAAGAAUAAAACCAAACAAAAAUGGUUCCAGAUAAAAUUUUUAUUCUAAAAAAUGAAGUGGAAUAUGGAAAUUCGGUUUUCAAGAAUCAAACCGAAAUAGAAUUAAAAAGGAAACGNUGUAAUAGAAUAAUGAGCUGA